AUGAUCAUAAUUGCUCUGCUAUGUAAUAGCAAAACAUUUUCAAGUGCGCUCUUUUUCGCUAACGAAAGCUCUUCUAUACAACCGUUUAGAAUGGCUACGCGACGGCGGUAUGGCACCUAUGGAAGGGCCGUCACGCUUCCGGCUCCGGUGCUCACUCCGACUGGCGACUGGCCGCGACCGACGGAACUGCCGUGGAGGGCAGCCUAUGCACAGCCGCCUCCUCCACCAAUUCAGACGAUUCUACCGCCGGCUUUGCCCCUCGAAUCACCGAGCAGACGUAUCGAGGCGAGAAUGAGACAACGGCUUAUCAACGAACGACUGCGAGCAGUGCACAUUCCCAUCGCUGGAGACGAUGGAAAGACUUCGAUACAAGAUCUUAUGGAUCGCUAUUUGAACAAAUCGAGAGAAUCGGUGGGUCGUCGUACACCACCAUCGCCGACGACAAGAAGAGAAUCUGAUCAGGAUGAGAUCAGACAACUGGUUAACAGGUACACGUCCCCAGGUGCUGAAGAUCAUCCCGAAUCGAAGAAACGUGCAACCGGUGAAGUUGAAGUACACAAUCGUCAAGAAGAAGCAGAUCGUUUUGAGCAACAAGAAGCCACUGCUGGAGAAUCUGAGCAUGCAUCCUAUCGACCACCAAAGCCGAAAACUUCAGAAACGAACAGGCGACCGUCGAAUGUCUACUCCACGAACACUGGUCGCAUGCCGGUCGGCGGCGGGUCUGCUUCUCGUUCUGGGCGAUUGGCUCGAAUAAGUCAAAGUAACAUUCGUCCGUUCAACUCGGGAGGCGUUGGUGGAGGCUAUGGACCUGGAGGUCAUCCUCUCUCGGGACCCGAUCCCUCCAGCCCGUCGAAAAAGGAUGUUAAGCAUCGAUUCGAAAUUACAAAGAAGUUAGGCUCUGGCACCUAUGGAAAAGUGUCACUAGCCUUUGAUCACAAGUUCGAGCGAGAGGUAGCCGUAAAGUUGAUCAAGAAGAGUGCCAUCGAAAACAAAGCCGACUUGGUUCGGAUACGUCGCGAAAUUCGGAUCAUGUCCGCUUUAAAUCAUCCGAACAUCAUACAAAUUUACGAAGUAUUUGAAAAUCGGGAGAAGAUUAUCCUUGUCAUGGAAUAUGCCAGUGGUGGUGAGCUGUAUGACUAUGUGUCGCGUUUUGGAUCGUUGCCAGAGAGCGAGGCACGACGUAUAUUUAGGCAAAUCACUUCGGCUGUAUUGUAUUGUCAUAAGCACCAAGUGGCGCAUCGUGAUCUCAAACUCGAGAACAUCCUGCUCGACCAGGACAACAACGCUAAAAUCGCUGAUUUUGGAUUGUCCAAUUAUUUCGGGAAUAAGACGCUCUUAACUACAUUCUGCGGUAGUCCACUGUAUGCUUCUCCGGAAAUCAUCAACGGAACACCCUAUAGGGGUCCUGAGGUUGACUGCUGGUCGUUGGGAAUCCUUCUGUACACACUAGUUUACGGUUCCAUGCCAUUUGACGGUCGUGACUUCAAUCGAAUGGUACGACAGAUCAAACGGGGCGCCUACUACGAACCUGACACUCCGUCGACUGCUUCUAUGCUGAUUCGAAAUAUGUUACGAGUAAAUCCCGAACGCCGAGCUGAUAUUUUUGACAUCGCCAAUCAUUGGUGGUUGAACCUCGAAGAUAAUAUGCCUGUCAUCCAAGAGUUGCCCGAAAAUCAGAUCACCGACCACACACCUUUGACAGAAAGGGCAGAAACAAUGAUUGUGCAGGACCUUGCCGAUGAGACUGAUGUCUUUAUGGAAUUCGGCCACCUCAGCAAUGAAACACGUAAGAAGAUUGAAGAGUUCAGAAGACGACGAAAGCAGGCUGAGGAAUACAAUGAAAAUUCACCUGUCAAGCCACCAAAGGUGCGCAAAGAUGGACAGCCUGAUGAGAUGAAAAGCGAGGAAAAGAGCUUAAGAGGAGUAAAUGAGCAGGAAAAGAGCAAACAUAAGGAAGAUGCGAAUGACCCGCUGGAACGACUGCGUCAAAUCGAAAACCGCCUCGGUCAACAGAGGACGAAAAAUCAACUUGGCAACGUGCCAAAAGUCGCUGCCCCAGACAAGGAGGUGCCGGGACCAUUCAAACCUCCCCAAGUACAGGAACUGCCACCCCCUGUUCCUGCUAAUCAUGAUGAUGCAAAGGCAAAACGGGAGGUAUCUCCCGAACAACCAGAAGAUCCGAAAUCCGCUCGAAACGAGCAUGCGGCCAAAAACAGCAAAUCGUCACGUGCCCCAUCGUUUGUGCCAGUUAGUGAGCCAGAACCAGCAACUCCUCCAACGAAACGGAACAAUACGCUUCGAACUCCAAUGUCUGCCGCUGCAUAUCGUCUUGAAGCUGAUUCGUUGAAUAUACUGAUGAAUCAGGUGCUUGAACAGAUGGAGAAAGGUCCUGUCAGUUUGAAUUUGGUUGCCCGGGUAAAAGCCCAUCCGAUGUAUGAUUCGCGUCCUAUGGUGAAGGAACUUUUGGAAAGCAUAAUGGCUGCCCAAUCGGAAAAGAUCCAACGUGAGACGAGUAAACUCGUCCAACAACAAAGCCAGGAUAUCGCUCGGAAACAGCAAGUUUCACCUGCGAAGGUGGCUCCGGGAGCGCCCGCAACCAAGAGGUCGGAGAAACGUUCGGCCAUGGGCGAACAACCAUGGGUCAGUGUCGAGGUUGGAUUUGAGCCGGAAGAAGAAUCAGAGGUGGAGAAUAGUCUUCAACAGUCCAUCACCAGCAAUGCAACCGAGGUCACGGUCCAGACCACCUCGUUCGAAGACAGUGACGAUCAGUCCGAGGUAGACAAGAAGAAGACACCAAAACCGAGCGAAAACCAGAUCAAUCGCCAAACGCAAACAGUGAAAGAGGUGGAAGAAGCCGACACCGAAGACGAAGAAGACUACACUGACAGCGAAAUGGAGGAAUUAGCAGACGAGGUGGAACAGGUGGAGCAGAAAAUCGUCGUCGAACCGAGCGACACGCUUCCACCGCCGGAUCCGGUCGUCGCACAACCGCAAUUCCUUGAUGCAUUCGAUCGCGGAUUGGCGAAGAGACAAAGCAAGGGCAAGUAUCAGCACAGUCGCGUUGAUAUGUAUGGCCGUGGCGUAUCAACUGAGUGCGAAUCGCCGACGCUGCCGCGAAAGCACCUCGGUGGACCGCAGCCCACGCCUGACCAGUCACCUUUUCUCUUCGACAAAGCGAAGAAAAUUAUCAUGCAAUAUCCCGGCCGGCCGGACCUGUCCGAGAUUGAAGAUGGAUUGAUAAAAAAGAAAAAAGACUGGCUGAAGACACAAGAUCCAGAUCAGCAAGGUGCUAGCGACGCCAGCAUCACUCCUACCCCGAGUUAUGUUGGCUCAGUUCCUUCACGGACGCCUCCACCUGUGGAUGAACCCGCUCACGAGGCAGAAAACCAUAGCGAGCAGGCAAGUCAACAGAACUCAGAGGAAGAUGAAGAAUCAGAAGAGGAGUCUGAAGUUGAGAUUGAGAAUAUACAUGCUCAUCGUGGCCCAAUAAUCAGUUCUGUGAGAAGGGAUGGAGAAAAGAUUGAAACGAAACCGGCGCCAGCGGUAGCAGCUGUGGUGGCGAGGAAGCUGUCGUUUAUGCAAAGCGCUCCAGCUAGCAUUCACACUUCGCCUUCACCAGAACCAAAAACUCCGACAUCUGCAACGCGAUAUUACACUGCCGUAGCCGAAUUCAAAUUGCAACCUCCACCGGCUUCAGCCGCGGCUCAAGUACCAGCAUCUGCUGAACCAAAGCCGUAUAAGAGGCCUAGCGCAAGCAGUUUGGUCACAACACAGGCUACGAUCGAACCAAAGACGAGUCUACAAGAAGUACAGCAGCCUCGAGUAAAAGAAGUUCCUCGUCCGACUGAAGAAUCACGUCCGACCGCUGGAGUCAAGGAGAACUACGAGUCGACGGCAGCGUUCAUACGACGCAAGAAUCGCGAUCGGCGGAUCCGCAAUCGCACCAUCGGCGCACCUGCGGAAUUGCUACGGGAGCUGGACAAGGCUACAGAAAGCGUCUAUGAUGAACUGCCGAUGUCGCCCGGUCUAAACGUCCCGUACGCCACCACUGCUGCCGAUCCGUUCUAUGCUCACCAUUCAACUACUCCCGGCUCGUCCCUUCUGAACUAUGUACGUCCACGAUAUCACGAUGACAGCUAUCGACGGCGAGACGAACGAUCGUCGUCACCAAGUCGAUCCAAUAAUGCUGCUGUACUACGAGAAGAACUUCGCUCUAUCUAUGAUCCAUCACAGGAUUACAGAAGCGGUGGCUACGGAGCUAGCGAUACUCGCAACUACUACUCGUCCAACGCUAGCUCAAGUUAUUCGAAGAAACUCGACGAGAAUCAAUCAUGGGCAACCGAACCGCGUCGUUUCGAAGUGUACAAGACCAGGGCUGAAAGAGAUGCGGAAAGAAACGUUCAUACUCCAAGCGGAGCUCCAUCCUACCGACCAGCUUCAUACUACUCUACCGCCAGUGAUCGUCCAACGAAUAAUUUUGCCACGAGAAAGCCAGAAGAUACAUACAAGAUGGAUCAGUAUCGAAGUGACCCCUAUAGAAGAUUCGAUGAUAACUACUCCUAUAAGAGAGCUCCAUAUGAGUUUGAAAAAGGAUCUACACCAGGAGCUGACAGUUACAGCUCAUCAACAACUUCGCAUACACUAGACACCAAUCCUUUGGUUGUGAAUAGGUUCCGUCCCACCGCUCGCGAUCGGCAGUCUUACACGAGAACACGUUCGAUGGAUCGCAAUCGUGGCAUCGCUGAUGAAUUCGACUACGGAGAGCCACUUCCUGACUAUACCUAUGUUAACUACCAUGAUUCCUCCAGUGGUAGAGGUAGCAGUGUGACGAAGGAUAGCAACGGUCAGCCAAGAAGCAUUCUAAAAAAUAAACAGAGUGUUGAUCUUGAGCAACGCGGCAUGCCAGAGGAUUCCAGUCUAAUGGGACGAAGCGAUCAGUCAAGCCAUGUGGGACCGGUGCGCUCGGUAAUUGAUCGUUUGCGAAGGCACUUGUCCCUAGAAAAGAGUGCAUCGCCGCAGAGACAGACGGCCAACCAACUGUUAGGCGGUAGUGGAAAUGCGAGACUCUCCGCCAAUUCCAGCCAUGAAAGACCCGUCGAAGAUAGUCCCAAGAAAAAGCGGUCAAUUUUGUCCUUCAAUCGAAGACGCACCAGCGAACUACGUUUGGGAUCUGACGGGAAAUUGGUUACAAAUGGGUAUGACGACCUAUCCAACUACAAACGACCGAGUUCACCUAUUGAAAAGAUCAAAUCCUUAUUCCGCAAAAAUGACACAACACAUGUGACCUCUCAACCAAGCAACGACUACUAUCCGGGGCGGUACAACACCAGCUCUGCAAAUGACAAGACCUACGGCGGAUAUCCGUCUUCAAAUGUGGCUAGAGAGGCUUAUGUGCCCCAGUAUCGAAAAUAUCCAGGUUCAACAACGAGAGAUCCUGCGUCUGUGCUGAACAGAUACAGCUACACACCUGGCAUAACCGACCAACGACGUCAUUGGUACGAUGAUCACAACAUCUACUAGAGAUUUGCUCUGGUCAUCUGCCAAGAUAUUCGCUCCCAGUUACUCGUUGCGAUUGUCUGAUCACAUGUUCUUUCGUUGUUAACCUCGCCUUUUUCUGCAUUUUUCGUCUUCUCUCUUAGUUUGUAUAGAAUUGUUUUACUGCGCAUCCGAUUCGUAAAUCAUAGUUUGCAGUGAUUGCCAAAUUUACAAUUGUAAUGAACGAGGCGUUGACCGGGUGUCUUCUCUCUUCAAAUACGACUAGUUGGUGCUGAUUCAUUAUGCCAUAAUGUUCGAAACAGUCUGAACAACUUCUUCUUGUGCCUGUCAUUAUGCCUUGGCUGAGG